GCAUCACUUAUUAGUAGAGUCAUCCGAGAUAUGCAAAGUCCGGCGCAGGUCAUCGUCCACGCGUUGUGGUACAUCACCGUACUCACAGGGGACGAAGAUUUUUCAGAGACUCCCGUCUUCCAUCUUCUCCACUCUAAAAGCCCGACGUAUGCCGAAGACUUCUUGCUACAAACUUUCGUCGUCUGCGCUAUGGUUGCGGAUAAAUGGGUUAAUGAUAAUCCAUUUCCCUUGAAAGUUUGGGCCCGUGUUAUUCAAUUGCCGACCCCCGUUCUCGCUGCAAUGGAGUCCCUUGUUCUUCAAGGUCUCGAUUGGAAAGUUCACAUGACCCCCACGCAGUGGAAGGACAUGCUCACAACGCUUCGUUCAUCUGAACCCUCUUACAUGGAAUUUAAUCCCUCCGAACUUGCUCCGAUCCAAAGGCGGACAAUAGUUGUCCGCAUCCUCGACAGAUUGGCCCGCUUAGCGGACGCGAUGGAGGCAUGCACCGAGUACGACAACUUCAUGUGUUGCAUGCUUGGCCCUGCACACCAGAGUCUACUUCAUGUUCAUGCUCUGCAGCCUAUCAAACCAAGUGCCGAGUUUUUUGCGUCCUUGGAAUGGUGUCCUGAAGCUGAUCCCAUUGUUAACAAGAAACCCAGGAUUAUUGGUAUCGCCCCAGGUUCUGAGGAUCAGUACGUCCCGAAGCCGUUGACUGUAAGCGAACUCGUGGACUCGAUUCUUAAACCAAAUCAUCCCACCAAAUCGAUAUGUUUUCCGCGACCUGUUCGCACUUCACUGCACGGUGGACCCUUCGGUGCGAUCGGCCAGAGACUGGCUCACACAGUCAAUCAUUCUUGGUCAAAUUGGUUUCCUGCUCAAGGUUGA